AGUUUGUGAAACAAAUAAUGCUCAUCAUUUAAAAUAAACAAUAACUAAAACUAAUCAACAUGAGUGGUGAAAAAAAGGCUUUCGAGCUGCAAAUGCAAGUGCGCCAAAACGCACGCGAAUACCAAAGCUCGGUGAAGGAUCUGUAUUCAUGGGAAAAGGAAAUCAAAAGCAAGGAACAGGCAUUGAAAAAUGCGCCUGCCCCAGCGCCAAACACUGCAAGUGCUGUGCGCAGCCAUGUAACAAAGGAAAACGAGACGUCCAAUAAAAAGCCGAAGCAUGCUGCCAGCCCUGUGGGCACACCAACUGAGAAGCAGGACUUGCCGGUUGACACUGUCGCCCAGCAGCACAAAAAGGCCAAUGACAUUAAAGAUCGUGGCAACAGCUAUGUAAAGGUUGGCGACUAUGAGCGCGCCAUCGAGGCAUACACUGAAGCUAUAGAGACAUAUGCUCACGAUCCUGUUUACUUUAUUAACAGAGCUUUAUGUUACCUGAAGCAAGAACGCUAUGACCACUGUGUGGACGACUGCGAGGCUGCCAUUGCUAUAGACAAGACUUGUGUUAAAGCUUAUUAUCGUCGCAUGCAGGCAAACGAAUCGCUGGGCAACAAUAUGGAAGCUCUUAAGGAUUGCACUACUGUGCUGGCCAUUGAUCCCAAAAAUAUAGAAGCCAAGCGCAGUCUGCAACGCAUCAACGAUCGUUUGCGCAAAAUUGCUACCAAGAGUGGUCCCAAUUUCAAUGCUGCACGUGAUGACUUGGUUGAUAUUCUACCAUUUGAUAAGCCAGCGUAUAAGCGCUCCAAGAAAGCUAUGCGUCGUAUGCCUAUUGUAGAUAUAGUAUCGCCACGUGCGAAUCAAGAGGAGCCCAAUCAAUUGCGCAUUACUGAUGAGGAAAUUGACAAAAUCUUCAAUAGUAACUGUGGUCCUUUCGAAGAGGUCAAAAAGACAGCUAAACCCAAGCCAGUCGUUCAAGAAAGCAAGAAAACUAUUGAUGUACCUGCAGAAGCAACAAAGUCAGCUGCUACUCCAAAAGUAGAAAAAGUUGAGACUAAACAAGAUGUAAAAACAACAACUGCUACAAAAAUCACUGAGCAAAGUGUCAAAGUUGUUGAGAAAACUGUGGAGAGUAAUACAGAGAAAAAGUUGGCUUCAAAUAAAAGCGAGUCGAAAGAUAAGCCAGCCCCAAGCAAUAACAAAAAUAUGGAGCGCAUACCCAUGUCACCUGCUGGUACUGCUCAGUUUUAUAUAACCUGGAAGGAGCUGUCGCCAACGCAGAAAUAUCAGUACCUAAAAUCGAUUGAAAUACCCAAUCUAUGCAAGAUACUGGGCGCUGGUUUUGACUCAGAAACUUACGCGGAUCUGUUGCUCACAUUGCAAGACUACUAUGUGCCUAAUAAGGAGCCAACUACAGCUGCUGUGCUGCAUGAGAUAAGCAAAAAUGAUGAAUUUACCAUUUUAGCCAUGCUUAUGUCGCCAGAAGAAAAGAAAACGGUUACUACCAUUAUGAAUGAAAUCAAAAAGUUCCCCAACAACAAUGCAACCUUAUGGGAUAAAAUUGCCAAGGCCUAUAAUGUAACAUAAGCUACAAAUUGUUGAAAAUCAAAAAGAGAAAAUCUGCAAAUUUUUUGAAUUGUUAGCCAAAAAAAACAUAAUAUUGUUAUAUAAUAUGUUAAGCUAAGCAGCAGAUUUCAAAUGAAAUAUGAAAAACCUUAAUUUGUUCACUUAGUUUGGAAAGCUUUAAAUACAAGUUGAUUUCACAAUUAAAAAA